AUGCAUGAUGGACUUAUCGACCCGGUCGGAGACCUGAAGAUGCUUCCCUUCUUGGCCGUUGCCGACUUGAUCUAUGGGGAGCUCUCUCCGGAUAUGGAAAGGGCGCUGCAAUACUUAGCUUUUUCACGAAAAUAUAUUUACACAUGUGGUCUGAGUCGCUUCGAACUCUCCAGGUUCCUCCCAACAAGAUCCAAUCGGACACUGCGCGAGUUUGAGACCAAAUGGAAGGCAUUCAGUCGCAUGGCGUACCAGUGCGCCUGCGACCCGUCCCUGACUAAGGCCCCUAUAUUCCAGCUGUUCGAUGCCCUUUACAAGGGCACUCUCAGCGCGGAGUAUGUACAUCACAAUCUUGACGAGGCGCUGUACGCUGACCUGGAUGUGACAAUGGGGGCCCUCUCGUGGAAGCUUGAUUCUGGCAUCUGA